GCUCAGCAGUUGUGGUACAUAAUCUGAGAGGAAGCCGCGAAUCACCGCGCCGGUAAGAACCAUGCUGGAUUUGUAUAGGUCAUUCACCGCUGCGAUCGGGAGAGGGACAAUCCGGCGCGCCAAGCGUUUCCAAGGUUCCCACUUCAAUUCUCCGCAACGUCACUGAGACCAAACAAGACUGUCCAGGUCCAAAGCCUUCUCCGAGAAUGCAAUAACAGCGCGACUGUUGUUCCACUCACACCUCGGCUCCAUGGAGACGCAAAAGCCAGUCCGCGUAGCUAUCGUGGGCUCGGGGAUGGCGGGGUUGGUAACGGCAUACCUACUACGACACGACGCGCGCCAGCGGUACGAUGUGAAACUCUUCGAGUCGGGUAAAUCCUUAUCACUGGACUCUGCUUCCGUCUCCCUCCCUCAUGGCAGCGGCGCCACAGGUUCGACCGACCGGGUGGACCUCCCUAUGCGCGCUUUCGCGGGCGGAUUCUAUAAUAAUCUGAAGUCCAUGUACGAUCACCUAGGGAUCAUCUACCACAGUCAACCGUUUCUAUUUGAAUUCGCAAAAGUGCAGGCUUCGAUGGGCGAAGGCACCGACCAGUCCUACUUCACGUUCGGGUCGAAUCUGCAUAAGAUACCAGUACCUCGUUUGAAUGCGUUUGCGACUACCUCGUAUAUAUUGGAAGCUUUCUACUUGCUGGCGUGUUACACCUGGUUUUCUGUAUGCUGCUUCUUUGUGGCGCCCAAGACAUUUGCGAACGGCCGCAAGGACCCUGUUUCUGAGACGGUGGAACAUUACCUGAGAAGGAUUCGGCUCCCACAUUACUUUACGACGCACUAUCUCCUCCCGCUUAUGUCGAGCGUCAGCACGUGUCCGCACCAAGCUCUUCUUCGAUUCCCCGCAAGCGACCUUGUAGAAUAUAAGAGGCGGACACAUCGUGCUCCACAUUACACAGUCUCGAAUGGUGUGAAAACGGUCCAGGAAAGAUUGGUUGAAGGAGUCGAUUAUCAGCUGUCAACGAUCGUAACAUCAGUCGAGCCAAAGGGAAACCAAGUAGAGAUUUCUUGGAAACAUGCCACCGAUAGCGACGGAGCUCAAACUCAAGAGAUAUUCGACAGAGUAGUUCUUGCCGUCACGCCAGACGUUGUUGGGAAUAUAUUUGCGCCGCUACGAUACCAUAUGGCUAGGAUCCCGACCAUGCAGGUCGAAAGCGUGGUACACACGGAUCGACGGAUCCUUAGCCCUGGAACGAACCACAACCGCACCAAUGCGCAGCUGAUAUACCUACGAACCUCGACAGAUGGGACACAUCGAACCGAGUCACUUCAUGUCCAGCCAUGUGGAGCCAUCGUUACUACAUGUCCUUUCAGCGACAUUGAUUCAGCUCAAACCAUUCACCGCGCGAAGUUCACUCGAGUCCUGCGGAGUCCAGAAAGUAGACGUAUCGUAAAUAAUAUAUUUGAAGAAACGUACAUACCCAGUCACGAGGAGAAGGCUCUUCCGACCUGGAGGAACGGCGACAAUAAUGUAUGGCUCGUUGGCGGCUGGUGUUGGGAUGGGAUGGUUCUUCUCGAAGGCUGCGUUGUCUCCGCAAUGCGUGUAGCGCGAGCUUUUGAUGUCGAAGUGCCAUGGCUGCGCGAGGACAAGUUCGCAGAGACGAACGUAUAGUGCUAUUUCCAGCGAUGCAUUGGUUAGAUGAUACCCAUGCCGAAUUUUGGAGUUGAUUUUAUAUUCGCAGAAGAUGCCCUUUUAACGGCACUUUGCGUAUAUUUGCACGCCGAAGGAGAUCUCUUCAAAGUGGAAUAUUAAUGCUUUCGUUUAUUCUUCAUAGGUGAUUCACGAAUCCUAUACCAUUGCUUUACCU